UCUCUUCCCCCUCCCUUCUCUGCCUCUCCUCUCCAGCUGAUAAAUGUCCAGGAGUAACAAAGCACUUCCUCAUUCUCUUCCAAGGAAAGGGAAGCAUCUGUAGUUCCUCCAGCCAGAUGCUGCCUGCAGCUGCAGCUGUGCUCAGUAAGUGACAAGGAGGGGUGGAAAUACCACAGGCAGCAGAGUGUGGAAGUAGGUGACCAUCGUACCUGUCCAUCAUGGAGAAGAACACUACAAUGAUUCCACUGACUACAGAUGUACCUAACAAGAAGGAGACGGUGUGCAUUUUUGGAACAGGCGAUUUUGCAAGAUCUCUAGGACACAAAAUGAUGCAGUGUGGCUAUGCUAUAGUAUUUGGAAGCCGAGGUGCUCAGACUUCUUCUCUGAUCCCUGAAGGAGCCACAGUCCUUUCUCAUGCAGAAGCUGCAGAAACAUCUGCUGUUAUCAUUUUAGCAGUCCACAGAACACAUUACAGCUUUCUGGAAAACCUAAGGGAAGUUCUCCGUGGGAAAGUGCUAGUGGAUGUGAGCAACAACCUCAAAAUAAACCAGUACCCGGAAUCCAAUGCUGAAUAUCUUGCCCAGCUCCUGCCAGGCAGCAAGGUGGUGAAAGCAUUUAACACUGUGUCAGCCUGGGCUCUGCAGUCAGGUGCUCUGGAUGCAAGCAGACAGGUAUUUGUCUGUGGAGAUGACAGCAAGUCAAAGGAAAAGGUGAUGGAGAUCGUUCGAAGCCUUGGUCUUACUCCAUUGGAUAAAGGGUCUCUCUUAGCAGCAACGGAAAUUGAGAAUUACCCUUUGCAACUUUUCCCAAUGUGGAAAUACCCCAUCUAUCUCUCCCUUGUCCUCAGUGCAUUCAUCUUCUUCUACUGCGUGGUCCGUGAUGUGGUCUAUACUUACUCUAAGAAACAAGUGGACCGUUCCUUUUUUAUUGCCAUCAGCAUCCCAAACCGUGUCUGCCCUGCUGUGGCACUCAUCCUCCUCGCUCUGGUUUACUUGCCUGGGAUCUUUGCUGCUGUCCUCCAGUUAUACAGAGGUACAAAGUACAGACGCUUUCCAGAUUGGCUAGACAAAUGGAUGCUCUGCAGGAAACAGCUUGGCUUGGUAGCCUUGGCUUACGCUUUCCUCCAUGUUUUGUACACACUCGUGAUCCCUAUUCGGGGCUACGUACGAUGGAGGUGGAGCUCUUAUGUCAUUGCACAGGUGUUGAACAACAAAACAGAACCAUUGAACAAUGAAAGAGCCUGGAUGAGUGACUCGUAUGUUUCUUUGGGUAUCUUGGGGUUCUUUCUGUUUGUCCUCCUGGGAAUAACAUCCUUGCCCUCUGUCAGCAACAGUGUCAACUGGAGAGAGUUUCGCUUCGUACAGUCUUAUCUGGGCUACCUGACGCUGGUGUUGUGCACUGCCCAUACACUGGUCUACGGUGGGAAGAGGUUCCUGAAUGCUGGCACCUACCCAUGGUGCCUUCCUUCCGUUUACAUCCUCUCUCUCAUUAUCCCCUGCAUUGUGUUGGCCAUGAAGUUUUUCCUCAUAUUUCCAUGUAUCGAUCGGCCGUUAACUGAUAUUCGACAGGGCUGGGAAAGAACACCCAAAGGCAUAAGCCAGACAAACAGCAGCCACUGCAGGUCAGCUGUAUAAGCUCUUAGCAAAUGUACAGUUUCAACACACAUAUCUGCAAUAGCAAAAAAGAGAAGUGCAAGCAAUUUAUAUGCAUCGAAAAUAAGCUCAAAAAUUAUGUGUUCCAUUAUUACUCUGCAAUGUAAGGCCCAGCAACUCUCAGCGGAAACUGGUGAAUAUUCAUCUAAGGUGUUUGGAGGACAAGUGCACCCUCCUUUUCUGGAUUUGAGACUGAAGGAAGCCAUUAUCGUCUUUGCCCUAUCGCCUCUGUGCAAGAGGAGCCCAACAUGCAGUGGGCCACAUCUGAGAAUAUGAAUUACACUGAUGAUGAAUAAGUUUAUGGCAGCACUCCCAAACCAGAUUCCCUUCAGAUGUUUUGCACUAGUUCCCAUCAUCCCUGAUGACUGAUCAGUUCAGAACAUUUGGAGGACAUUAAGUUGGGAAAGGCUGGUCUAUAGAGCAAUAAUAAAUUUGAACUAUGGCUUUUGGUCUUACUCUGUGCCUUUUCAGAUUUAUGUUCUCUUUCAAAUUUGAGCAGCACUUUAAAGGUUCCUAAAUUGACUAUGCUUUCCUAGGCCAUGUAUACUGUGUACACACCUGCAAUUUCCUCUCAUUGUGAUGGAAGGUGUUCAUGACUUUGUGGAGAAUGUGUUGAUAGUCAAACACAAUGGAUUCCCUCCCCC